AUGGGCGUCAAGGAGCAGUGUACCGAAUACUACAAGUACAAGAACAGUUCGGUGGGAUGCGACAAUCCAAAACUCUCCGCUGAUUUCCAGUCCAUCAACUAUGAGCUUCAUUACUUGUGCAACGAGGCCAAAAUCGUGAAGAAUAGCAUAUCAUUUCAAAUGAUCGGGAUCAUGUUUGGCGCGAUGACAUUCGGACAGAUGUCGGACUUCUUCGGCAGAAGAGCGACUCUAAUCUUCGGUACAGUUGGUUUGAUUGUCAGUGGUGUGGUGUCAACGUUAUCGACCAAUCUCGUGAUGAUCACAGUCGCUCGUUUCUUCGUAAUGUUAUUCACCGGCGGAAAACAUAGCGUUUCGUAUGUGUACAUGAUGGAAACUUUGCCGGCCAAGCAGCGUAUGCCGAUUGUGACGGUGAUCACCUAUUCGCCAAACUAUAUUGUUUUCACCGGACUAGCCUAUCUCACUGGCGAAUGGCGACUGCUCUCUCGUGUUGUUGCCGCUUUCACAUUCAUUCCGGGCAUUUUACUCCUAUUUGCGUAUGAAAGUCCGCGUUGGCUCAUACAGAAAGGAAAAAUCGACGAAGCUCGUAAAGCUCUUGUUGGAAUGAGUAAAUGGGAUAAAUGUGACACACCGGAACGCCUCCGAGAAAUAGACGCCUUGCUGGAUAGAGAGCGUGAACGCGUCAGACAGGCAAGUGACAAACCCAAAAAGCGCUACUACACCUACCAUCUCUUUUCGACCAAGGAGUUUGCGUUGUACACGAUCCUGUUCGCUUACAGCUUGAUGAUUACGAGUAUAAUCUCGUACGGUUUGGUCUUCAACAUGGAGAAACUGUCCGGAUCUGUUUAUCUGAACACGAUUAUUGUUGGCGGGCUGCGUUACGCGAUCAAUCUUGUUUGCGCUUUCAUCGAUCUCCGUUUCAUGUGGGCCGGUCGACGUCUUAUCCACGGCUUUGCCAUGUCGUUUGUCGCUGUUAGCCUUGGUGCUGUAUUCAUGAUUGUUUUCCUCGGUCUGGACUGGCAAGCGGUCAUUCGUAUUACGGCUCUGUCCGCGGCGGCAAUGUGUAGUCAGAUUUACAUUUUGAAUGCAGUUACACCAUCCGAACUGUUCCCAACGGCUAUUCGAAAUCAGGAAAUUGGUUUAAUACAGACAUUUAAUCGUAUUGGCAACAUCAUUGCUCCACAAAUCUUCAUCAUUGGUGAGCUGUGGACUCCACUCCCAUACCUUGUAAUGUGCAUCUUCGCGCUGGUCGAAGUGACUGGAAUUCUGCUGAUUGUUCCGGAAACUAAAGGAAAACCGUUGGUGGAUCGUAUGCCCGGAGAAGAUAAGAAUGCGGAUGAGAAUGGACAGCCCAUGAUCAGAAUUGACAAAAACAAUGGCGAGGACGUGCCGCUGACCGAGAUGAAGAGAUGA